AUGGAUGCGAACCAGCUUUCAUGUUUUCCUCGACUCUGGGAGGGUGCUCAGUCGACAGCUGUAGAGUACAAAAUUUCGCGUAACUCCUUUGUGCCGGGGCGCCGCAGACUGGCCGGCACUAGAAUUAUUCAACGCGGAAGCGACCGCAUCGCUCCUACUCGUGAGUAUCUUGUCCACGAUGCCCAGCUCCACGGCCUCUUCCGCGGUGAGAUACUUGUCCCGCUCCAUCAUCUCGUCCACCUCCUGGACGCCAAACCUCUCCUUCCCGGCGGCGGUGUUGAGGUGACGGCGCAUAAUGUCGUUGAUCUGGCUCCUUAUCCUCGUGAUCUGCUUGGCAUAGAUGAUGAUAUCCGAGGCCUGGCCCUGCGUCGCGCCGAGGGGCUGAUGCACCAUGAUCUGGCUGUGCGGCAGGGCGUACCGCUGACCUGCGGCGCCGCCAAGGAGCAGGAUGGCGCCCAUCGAUGCGGCCAUACCGACGCAUACCGUAUGCACCGGCGAGGAUAUGUAGUUCAUGGUGUCGUAGAUUGCCAGGCCCGACGAGACCUGGCCGCCGGGGCUGUUGAUGUACAACGUGAUGGGCUUGUGCGGACUGUCCUGCUCGAGCCAGAGCAGCUGGGCAGUGACUGA